GUAUACAUCUACCGAAAAAAGCCCAGCCCUCCUCUCCUCUACCCGUUUCCUCUCUAAUCUCUCUAUCUCUCUCCCUCUCUCUGCUCGAACAAACAACAAAAGUAAUUUGUUUCUCAAUCAAACCUUCAAAACCCUAACUCUCUGUCUCUGUCUCUCGAGGCGAACCAGCUUCUCCUUUCACUUCCUCUUUUUUUUUUUUUUCCCGUUUUUAAUUCUCCAAUCUGUAAUUAACUGUACCUCUCGCUUGUCUGUCUGUUUCGAUCUCUGCACUCGCUUCCAUUCUUCUUUCAAUCGUUUGAUUUCUUUAUUUCUUGACCGUCCGAUGGCUGACCGCAAGCUCGAUCUGCCCGAUGAUCUCCUCUCCUCUAAACCCUCCGAUCACUCCUUUAACCCUAAAGUUGAAGCUUCUGGAAAUGACGAGGAAAAGAUUCAUGUGGCAUUGCAUGACGAGGCAAAAGAUCAAUUGGCAUCUGAAAGCAGCAUUCCGCUGUCUCCUCAGUGGCUUUAUAGCAAACCAAGUGAGACCAAGAUGGACAUGCGCACUUUAACUUCAGUAGCUCUUGGAAAUACCAAUGAUGCAAGCCAGAAGGAAGGUUGGCGUUUAGAUGGAACUGAUGACAAAAAAGAUUGGAGAAGGAUAGCUACUGAGAAUGAAAGCAGCCGCCGCUGGCGUGAAGAGGAAAGGGAAACUGGCUUACUUGGUGCUCGAAGAGAUCGUAGGAAAACAGAACGUCGUGUUGACAGUGUUUCAAUUAGAGAAACAAUGGAGAAUAGAGUUUUGCCUUCCUCUGAAAGGUGGCACGAUGGCACCAACCGAAACUCUGGGCAUGAAGCACGUCGAGAUAGCAAAUGGUCUUCUAGGUGGGGUCCUGAUGACAAAGAAAAGGAUUCCCGAGCUGAGAGAAGAACAGAUGUGGAUAAAGAGAAAGAAGAUGUUCAUAAUGACAAUCAAUCAUCUAUUGUUAGCAACCGUUCUGUUUCUGAACGUGAGUCAGAUUCUCGUGAUAAGUGGAGACCGCGGCACAGAAUGGAGGUUCAUUCUGCAGGAUCCACUUCCUACCGUGCUGCACCUGGAUUUGGAAAUGAGAGAGGGCGGGCCGAAGGUUCAAAUAUGGGGUUUGCUCUAGGACGAGGAAGUGCAAAUGCUAUUAGUAGGGGCUCAUCUGCAAGUUUCACUACUGCUUCUCAGUCAUACAAGAGUGGCAGUGUCAUUGGCAAGCCAAACUUCACAGCGGAUAAAUUUUGCUACCCAAGGGGCAAGCUUCUCGACAUUUAUCGUCAGCAUAAGCUUGACUCAUCAUUUGCUGCAAUGCCUGAGGAAAUGGAGGAAUCUUUGCCUUUAACUGAAGAUGGUGUUAUUGAACCAUUGGCUUUUGUUCCUCCUGAUGCUGAGGAAGAGUCUAUACUCAAUGGCAUAUGGAAGGGGAAGAUCACAAGUAGUGGAGUGCCUUACAAUUCAUUUAGGAAAGGGAGGCCUUCUGAAAGUGUUUCAGGUGUUGGAGAGUAUGAAUCCAAUGAAGAAAAACUGGGUAUCCUUCUGUCCGAGCCCUUUGAUGUGACUGCUGAUCCGUUUCAAGACGCUGCAAGCAACGGGGCAUAUCAUAUCGAUGACAAUAGUUCCCUAUGGAACCAUGAUUCACAUUUAAAUGUGUUAAAUGAAAAAGAGGUGGAUCAUGAAGAAGGAAACAAGGUUACUGCUGAUGAAGUCACUGCCACAUUCUUGAAAGAUGAUGGUGUUUCAAGUGCAAUAGAGAUCAGCACUUCUUUCAAUGUCAGUUCUCAGCUUGCUAUUGGCGAAAAUGGGCAGAUGAUGAACUCUGCUUUGAUUAGACAUUUUCGUCCUGAUGAUUUUAAGUCUGCCUCUUCUUUUGAUGUCGACACUAAGCUUCCUGAUGAUUCAAAUUCUCUGUUCGUUUUACCCACUUCUGAUCAAGAUCAUAGUAGCACCAUAUCACACUUGGCGAGUAAAAAUGAAGCAAAAGACCUUGAAAGGGUUAUUUCACCUGAGGACUUGUAUUUCUAUUACGUUGAUCCUCAUGGGACUACUCAAGGACCAUUUCUUGGAGCUGAUAUUAUAUUGUGGUUUGAAGAAGGUUAUUUUGGGACAGACUUGCCAGUCCGCUUGGCAGAUGCUCCUGAAGGCACACCUUUCCAAAGUUUAGGUGAGGUCAUGCCACGCCUUAAGAUGGGAGCAGGUUUUCCUAGUUCUGAACUGGAGCAGUCUGGUGCUUUAGGUGGAAAGCUGGAGCCUGAUUUACCUGCUACUUUAGUUCCAGAAAAUACUGAUUCAUCUGCAGUAAAUGACCUGUGCCAGCCGUUGUCUGACUUCAGUUCCCUCUCAAUUCAGCAUGCUCAGUCGAGAGUAUCUGAGCCUGAGAAUCCGCUGCAAUUAUCACACUCAGAGGACCAAAGUUUUCAUGAUUUUGUUGCACAAGAUGAAGAAAUUGUUUUUCCUGGAAGACCAGGGAGUAGUGGUUAUCCUACCACACAUUCAUCUUGGAGUGCUCCUGAUUCUUUGGCAAAUUCAAAUGGUCUCCCAUCUCUUCCAAAUGAAUUAUCUGAACCUGGUUUACCUUACCACAGAGAUAACAAAUUGCACCCUUUUGGUUUAUUCUGGUCUGAGCUUGAAGGCUCUCAAGCUAGACAAACUGAGCCAUCUGAUUUAUCUUCCAGUGUUGGAAGGUCUGCCCCGUAUGCUGCUAUAAAUGAUCCAGCUUCUGUUGCAGAGAAAUGGGCUGAUGUGUAUAGACAAGAUAUGCAUUCUGUCCCCAGCUCAUUUCAAGAAGCCACUGCAGCUCACCGUCUGUCACUUGUUGAACAAGAGCCUAAUCAUCUUGAUUUAGCUGAUCAGCUUAUGUCACGAAAAUUUCAGCAGCAGCAGCUCCAGCAUAGAAAUAUGCUGUCAUCUCAUUCACAUUUAAAUGAGUCACUUCUAGAACAUGUGCCAGCCCAAAAUCUUAUUCACCAUCAACAGUUGGCAAACCAUCCUGUGCCAGAUCUGGAACAUCUUUUGGCACUUCAGAUGCAGCAACAGCAGCUACAACAGCAGCAGCUACAACAACAGCGGCAACUUCAGCUCCAACAGCAUCAGUUACAGCAACAGCAGCAGUUCCAUCAACAGCAAAAGCUUUUGCAGGAACGACAGCAGUCACAAGCUCGGCAGGUGCUUCUGGAACAGUUGCUGCAUGGUCAGAUGCCUGAUCCUGGCCUCUCACAGUCCCGCGCCAUUCGUGAUCAAGUUUUGUUGGAGCAGCAACUUCUUCAUGAGCUGCAACAACGGUCCCAUCACCCACAGAGGCAUCUUGUUCCAUCUAUGGAGCAGCUUACUCGGGCAAAAUUUUGUCAGACACCACAGCAAGAUCAGCAGAGAGAUAUUUAUGAACUAUUAUCACGUGCACAACAUGGAAAAAUGCAAUCUCUAGAACAUCAAAUUCUUCAAGAACAGCUUCAGGCAAGGCAGUUGCCAAUGGGAUUGAGACAGCGGAUGAAUAUGGAAGAAGAGAGGCACAUUGAUUCCCUAUGGCCAGUUAAUGAAAAUGAUCACUUCCUUAGGAGUAUUGCUGGUAAUCCCCAAGCUCACUCUUCAGGAAUAAGCGCGUUAGAUUUUUAUCAGCGGCAGCAGAGGACACCACAUGAGGACCAGCUGAGUCACCUUGAGCGAAAUCUUUCAUUUCAAGAUAGAUUGCGGCAAGGAAUUUAUGAGCCUGGUUCAAUGCCAUUUGAGAGGUCUCUCUCUUUGCCUGCUGGUGCUUCAGGAAUGAAUAUGGAUAUUGUAAAUGCUAUGGCUCAUGCUCAUGGGUUAGAUAUGCAGGAGUUGAGUACACGAAUGCAGUCUGCUGGUCAAGUAGGAACUUUAUCCUCUGGCAGCCAUCCUCACAAUCCUCAUCACCCCUUAGUUCCUAACCAAUUCCAUGCUCCAGCCCUGGAUGCAAUUGGGGGCCGCUGGCCAGAAAGCAGUGGGCCACUAGCAAAUGACUGGAUGGAAUCUCGAAUGCAACAAGUGCACAUCAAUGCCGAGCGGCAGAAAAGGGAGUCUGACUCUAAAAUGGCUGCUGAAGACUCGAGUCUUUGGAUGUCAGAUGGAUCAAAUGAUGACAAAUCCAGGCGAUUGUUAAUGGAAUUGCUACAUCAGAAGUCAGGUCACCAAACUGCUGAUUCUCUACAGCCAAGUGAUGGGUUAUCUUUGGACAAGAGGUUGCCAUCAGGCCUCUACACUGGAUCGAGCUCUUCGGACCACCCUUUCGGUGUUGUAUCAGACCAAGAAGCCAGCCUGAACAACUCAUUUGCAAUAGGGUCUUAUGGUUCUAAUGCUUGUGAAGUGGCAGAGAUUUCUUCAGCUGGUGAACAGGGCAAUAAUUUUGGGGGCACAGAAAAAUUACCAUUUAGAUCCGAAUCUGGAGCAACAUACGAGAGGCAUUCAUCGUUGUUAGGCAUUAGUGAGAAUCCCCAAGCUGUUCUCAACGAUUUGAGCUUCAUUGAGAAGCUCUCUGCCAAUCGAGGAUAUAUGGAUGUAGAAGGGAGGAAGUAUGGAGCCAAAAGCCAGGGUAUGACAAAGGGUCCAGCUUCUGAGAUUCAUAAUGGCAUAGCUGAGCAAGCGCAUUUGGCUACUACUGAUCAUGGAGAGGUUCCGGCAAAUGCGCUUAGCAGGCACUCUUCUCUCAGUGUUCCUAACUUUUAUGAUGACAAGAUUGGACCACAAAACUCAUUCGGUGAAGAUAUUGCUAUAAAUCAGGUACCAUCACUACCUAAAGGACAAGAGAAUGUAUUGUUGAGGCGACCGCCUGUUGCUCGUGUCUCAUCAUCCCAAGAAGGCCUGUCUGAGCUGGUAUCAGAUACAGCUAUUAGGGGGAAAAGUUCAACUGUUGUUGAAGGGGCAAAUCCAGUGAACCAGAGCACAGAUAUGGCAUCUGGCAAGAAGGAUGCGCGUUUCCGGCGGACCUCAUCUUGUGGAGAUGCUGAUGUGUCAGAGCCAUCAUUUAUAGACAUGCUUAAAAGUAAUGCCAAGAAGACCACUGCUCCAGAGGUCCACAUGACAACUGCAGGGUCAGAAUCAUCGGAAGGAACACAAGGGGGCCGAAGUGGCAAAAAGAAAGGAAAGAAAGGAAGGCAAAUUGAUCCCGCUCUCCUUGGUUUUAAAGUAACAAGCAACCGGAUCAUGAUGGGUGAAAUCCAACGGAUUGAGGAUUAGCCAAUUGAUCUGUGUCACUUUUUUUUGUAUAUUUCUGAUUUACAACUUGUAUAGGUUCACAGCUCUCAUAGGUAAAGCAUAGAUAGAUUAAUUCAUUUUUUUCUUCAAAGUUUUGUUUUACUCUCUUUCCCCACUUUCGUGCGGUCGUUUUACACCACAUUAGCGAUAAUGAUACAGGGGUCGGUAACAAAUGCCCGGAAAUCUGGCUAUUGUGUAACAUGAUUUUGUAUAAGAAGUUGACAUAUCAGAGUUAUUCUUAAAAACGGUUGCAAGUA